AUGUCUACUUCUCUUGAACAGCUCAAAGCCACUGGCACUGUUGUGGUUUGCGACUCUGGUGACUUUGCCACGAUCGGCAAGUACAAGCCUCAGGAUGCCACCACCAACCCUUCCUUGAUCCUCGCGGCCUCCAAGAAGCCCGAGUAUGCUGCACUUAUUGAUACUGCCGUUGCGUACGGCAAGAAACAGGGCACCACUGUCGAUGAGCAGGUCGACGCCACCCUUGACCGUCUCCUGGUUGAGUUCGGCAAGGAAAUCCUCAAGAUCAUCCCUGGCAAGGUUUCUACCGAAGUCGAUGCCCGCUUCUCUUUCGACACUCAGGCCUCCGUUAACAAGGCCCUCCGCAUCAUUAAGUUGUACGAGGAGAACGGUAUCUCCAAGGACCGCAUUCUGAUCAAGAUUGCCUCCACCUGGGAGGGUAUUAAGGCUGCUGAGAUCCUCCAGAGCCAGCACGGAAUCAACUGCAACCUUACCCUCAUGUUCUCGACUGUCCAAGCCAUCGCUGCCGCCGAGGCCGGUGCCUUCCUUAUCUCCCCCUUCGUUGGCCGUAUACUUGACUGGUACAAGGCCGCCCAUAAGAGGGACUACACUGCGCAGGAGGACCCCGGUGUCAAGUCUGUGGAGAGCAUCUUCAACUACUAUAAGAAGCAUGGCUACAAGACCAUUGUCAUGGGUGCCUCCUUCCGUAACACUGGUGAAAUCACCGAAUUGGCUGGCUGCGAUUACCUGACAAUCUCGCCCAACCUCCUGGAGGAACUAUUCAACUCGACCGCCGCCGUGCCUAAGAAGCUUGACGCCGCCAGUGCUGCUGCCCAGGACCUCCCUAAGCGCAGCUUCAUCAAUGACGAGGCCUUGUUCCGUUUCGAGUUUAACGAGGAGGCGAUGGCCGUGGAGAAGCUGCGGGAGGGUAUCUCCAAGUUUGCGGCCGAUGCCGUGACUCUCAAGGACCUCUUGAAGCAGAAGAUCCAGGCGUAA